AUGCAAAAUUUCAAUGCUUCGUAUUCUGUGUUGGAGUCAAAUGAUACUUAUGACAGCAGGUUGACAAAAUCCAGAAAUGCCUUAGCUAAUCGCUCUUGUGAUAUUUUAUUUACAUCUCAGUAUAUCAUAAAUGAUCCAAGGAUUCAUUAUAUUUAUCCUGUAGCACGUGAUGCCUGGUGUGCCAUGGUACCCAAAGCUGGUAAGAUGAAUGAUGUCAUAAAAUUAGUUACUCCUCUAAGUUCAACGGUUUGGUUUUUCAUUUUGGCUUGCACAAAUUGUAUAUUUGUUAUUUGGUGGGCGUUCAGAAAACUGGGUGAAUCUCACUUGAAUGAAGAAGACAAGAGGUUGAUCUUCCUGGAUAUUAUAAGUAUUCUACUCAAUAUAUCAAUAUCACCAAAUAUUGCAAAAUUAUCUUCCAGUGUAAGGACACUGGUGAUGUCUUUAGUAUUGUAUAACUUUUUUGUGUCUUUCUCUUAUUUGGGUUUGUUAUUUGGAAGCCUCAUGAAACCUAUUUAUCAUAAAGAUAUGAAUACUUUGAACGAAAUAAGGCAAUCAGGUUUAAAAGUCAUGGUUCACAAACCAGAAUACCACAUUUGGUUGAAAACUGGUUUAGACAACAGGGAAUACAAUUUGAGCGAAAUAUUUUUAUUGGAGAACAACAUGUCCAAAAUAAUGGAUAUGCGUGAGAAUAACAAUGUGGAUUAUGGAUAUGCAGUAAGAAGAAGAUUAGCAGUAUUUUUUGUAGAACUAAAAUCUCACCAAAAAGAUAGCAGACCAAUAUACCACUUGGUAGAAGAAUGUUUUUUUCCCAUGUAUUCAAGUUAUGCAGUUAAUCUAAAUUUUCCUUUUUCCCAACGGAUAGAAAAACUUAUUAGAAGAUAUCAAGAAGCUGGUUUGGUCAUUUUUUGGGAUAUGUUGAGCAAAUAUGAUUAUGGAAGAUUUUCAUCUCAAGGCUAUAGCUCGGAUGACGUUGAUAAUUUAAUAGUUAUUUUUCGCAUUUGGAGCUUAGGGAUUUUGCUUUGUUUUAUUGUAUUUAUUUUAGAAUUCAUCAUAAAUAAGUCUCAGUUGCGAAAUGCUUCAUAG